AUGGAUUGCGAUGAGAGGACGGGAUGGUUCCGUGCAACGGCGAAACGUCUGAUCACAGCAGCUGUAUUUGAAGAUGAUGCUAUCGUUACGGAGCAUCGCGCAAUGCGUUUACUGAGCAGACGUUACGAUCUGACGAAUAUGGGCUACAAAUUUUUGGAAAUUGGUAUCAACGUUGGUCCAUCGAGUUACGUGGAGAUUGCUCUGGGAGAUCAUCGCGGACACGAACUGUCGCUGUCUCUUGAAACGUGGAAGAACCUUUACGAGCAGCGAUGGAAUAUUUACAAGAUGCUUCGAAUACAAGGACAAUUUUAUAAGCUUUGGACCGCUAACCGUCAGAGUUUGCAUGCUGAACGAUGUUACGCUCAUCACGCCCAAAAUGUAAAUCCGAGCUCAUCGACUACAAUUAACGUAUACAAUCAAUUAAAUACUCGCAUCGAGAAAUAUGUGUUCACCUCGGACGACGAGUCGAAACCAUUCCCAAAAUGGUUGUUAUGGUACGAAUAUACACUCGUCAAAGAAUCAGAGUCUCUUCCCGAAGAAAUGCGCACUCGUUUACUUCUAGACAACCUGGGUCAACCAGAAUUCGAUCGUUUAGUGGACCACGUCGCACCAGCGGAUCCGACCAAGAUGAAACAAACAGAUCUCAUCGCCAUUUUGAAGAAUCUCUUUCGUGACAAGACAUCUCUCCCCCGCCGCCGCAUCGAAAUCUUAAACUAUAGAUAUGACAAAGCUAUUCCUAUCUCUGAACACAUCGACCAAAUAAAUCGUUUGGCUUCAGAUUUCGAACGUUCUAAAUUCACGGAUGAUAAUUUCAGAGUUUUAUUACUCCUCCAAUCACUCUAUUUCUCAAGUGAUAACGAGGAUCUAAAAAAGAGGGCUCUAUGUGUAAUCGAGAAGAACGAAAAUGCUACUCUCAGUGAUAUCACUACAGAACUCGAGGCUCAUAUGAACGUAUCUACAAACUUGAAAACGCUCGAAAACCCAUCGAAUUUCUCCACUUCAACCACGCAGUCUGUGCGCUUCAAAUCAGAAAAGAAGAAACGGCCUUCAUCAGAAUCCACGAAACAGUCUGGCACCACGGAGAGUGUGCCUAGACAAUCGUCCAAUUGCAACGGCUGGGCACAUCGUCGUGCAAACUGUCCGUUCCGCGACGCCACGUGUUUUAAGUGUUCCUUAAAAGGCCACAUCGCGAAGGUGUGUCGCUCGAAGGAUAAGGUCGACUACCUUUCGACCGACAACACAAUCGAUAACACAGUUGAUAUCGAUAAGCCAGCAAUUCAAUCGAUAACUUCGCUUAACAACUAUCGACGCAUCUACAUUCCUACUGGAUCAGAUGUCACGACCAUCGGGAAAGACACGUGGAUACGUCUAGGCAGUCCUACACUUAGCUCCGGCAAAUCUGUGGAACACGCCGGGGGCAAUGCUCUGAAAACAUUAGGAAGAUUCAAGUGUAAAAUACGGGCUGCUAAUCGUGAAGGUGAUGUAGUGAUAGAUGUUGCCGCGCGCGACGGUCUUAACCUAUUCGGCUUAAACGCUAUCGAGAAGCUCAAUUUGUGA